GUGGCGGUGUGGUGGUGGUGGGGGGGACAAGGUGAGGACGGCUCGGCAGCGGACAUAGCGUAUUUUUUAUUUAUUUAUUUAUUUUUUGCGGGGGGAGGAAACAGUUCGUCCCGAGACUCAGCCGCGGACGGUCGAACCCGAACCCUGUGCGUCCUGGACCCAAGUCUUGGAGCCUCGUCGUCCUCUUACGGAACAGUCUUCCUGCUUGUUUUGUUUUCCUCUGUGCAGGGUGCUGAAGAGACCAGCGGGUUCCCUGUGAGAGGGAACACUGAACAAACAUCAUGGCCUUAGCAGGAUGUCCUGAUUACUUCUUACGUCACUCAAACUACCAGAAAAAGAUGGAGCACACUUCCUCUCGCCGGCCAGAGGAGCUGAUUGUUUCGGGUUAUCAACGCUCAGCCAACCAAGCUUCGCCACAUCACCAUGACGAUGACGUGGACCUGGAGCAGCUGGUGAACGACAUGAACUCGUCUGUGGAGAGCCUUCAGUCCACGCAGGAAGACACCGCGCUCCUCCUAAACAACGGCCACGUGCAUGCUCCACACCACCAUCACGGACAUCCUGCGUACCUGGGUCAGAGCCAGGUUCACCGCCGCCACACCCCGGCCCCGCCCCUUUCUUCCCCCUCCAGGCUGAAGCAGUCCCAGCCGAUGCACAUCCAGGCUGUCAGGUGCUUAAAGGAAGAGCAACAGCUGCGUCCAGCCUCUCUGCCGGCCAUCCCCAACCCAUUCCCAGAGCUCUGCAGCCCAGCAGGGUCUCCUGUUCUCAGCCCCCUCCAGACCUCCGACAGCCAUAUAGUGAAGGUGUGGAGCGAAGAUGGAGCCGGGAAGGUGGUGGAGAUCCCCGCAGACAUGACGGCGAGGGAUGUGUGUCAGCUGCUGGUCUACAAGAGCCACUGUGUGGACGACAACACCUGGACGCUGGUGGAGCACCACCCCAUCCUCAGCCUUGAGCGAUGUCUGGAGGACCACGAGCUGGUGGUUCAGGUUCAAGCCUCCAUGAGCAGCGACAGUAAAUUCCUCUUCAGGAAGAACUAUGCCAAAUAUGAAUUCUUCAGGAACCCCCUGAACUUUUUUCCAGAGCACAUGGUGGCUUGGUGUCAUGAGUCCGAUGGUUCGAUCCCUCAGGCACAGCUCUUACAGAACUUUCUGAACUCCAGCAGCUGUCCUGAGAUUCAGGGUUUUCUUUACGUCAAGGAGCCUGGAAGAAAGUCGUGGAAGAAGCUCUACAUGUUGCUGCGCCGCUCCGGCCUCUACUACUCAACUAAAGGAACGUCCAAGGAACCCAGACACCUGCAGCUGCUCUCAGAUCUGGAGGACAGCAACAUCUUCACCAUCAUCACAGGCAGGAAACUUCACAACGCACCAACAGAUUACCAGUUCUGCAUCAAGCCCAACAAAGCGAGGAGCGACUGUAAGGAGCUGAAGAUGCUGUGUGCUGAGGACGAGCAGAGCAGAACCUGCUGGAUGACGGCCUUCAGACUGCUCAAAUUUGGGAUAGUGCUGUAUCAGAACUACAACGUGCCCCAACAGAGAAAAUCUGCCAACUCAAGUUUCUCUGCGCCUGUGCGGAGCGUAUCUGAGAACUCGCUGGUUGCCAUGGACUUCUCGGGGAGAACAGGCCGCGUCAUCGACAACCCCGUGGAGGCUCAGAGCGCCGCCCUGGAGGAGGGCCAGACCUGGAGGAAGAGGACCCACCGCAUGAAUGUCCUGGGCAGCCCGAGCCCCUUGCACCCGCCCUCCCUGAGCUCAGUGAUCCACAGGACUCAGUUGUGGUUCCACGGUCGCAUCAUGAGAGAAGAAGCACACAAAAUGAUCAUACAGCAAGGUCAAGUUGAUGGGUUGUUCCUGGUGCGGGACAGUCAGAGUAACCCCAAGGCGUUCGUGCUCACCUUGUGCCACCAUCAGAAGAUCAAACACUUCCAGAUCCUGCCGUGCGAGGAGGACGGCCAGGUGUUCUUCAGCCUGGACGACGGAGCCACCAAGUUCACAGACCUGAUCCACCUGGUGGAGUUCUACCAGCUCAACAGAGGAGUGCUGCCCUGCAAGCUCAAACACCCCUGCACCGCUGUGGCCUUGUGACACUCCACUCCCGUUUGUUUUUGUUUUUUUUUUUAUUUGCACACCUCCCACCCUGAGACCCCCACCCCCUCCCUCCUUAACCAACACAAAGUGGUUGAGGAGGGGUUCUGGGAUGUAUCCAGCCCACCAGCAGCCGCUCCAACGCUUCCCUCCGCUGUUCGGACCGUCGUCCCGGUGUUCGGGUGGCUUCGUCAUCGCCCUCCACCCCAGGAGACACCGUGUGCCGGACCAACACGAGACCACUAAAGGAACAUCCUAACAGUGAAGUGGGAGUGCUGCGGGUUUUAAAUCUCCCUCUUAACCCCCCACCCUCCCACCCUCCAGGCCUGAUAAGCUGUGGCGCCCCCCCACUGGGAGCGCCACCUUCUGACUUCCUCACUGAUCAUCAGGGAUGGACGGGAACCUCUGGGGUCCUAUCAAACUUGACCCUGGAGUUUCUCAACCUGUGCAGUCCAGUCUGGAUAAGCUGACACCCCCUACCCCACCCACCCCUCCCUCCUGACCUCUUAGUGGGGGGGGCUCGACCUAGCUCCUCUGCUGCCACCCUGACCCACAACUCCCCUCCUUCCCCUCCACCGGUGCAACCCCGAUCCCACCCCCACAGAAGCUCAAACCAGUUGUGCGAGGCCGGAGGCGGGGCCACAGGACAGAGGAAUGUUGAUGAGGAAGGCGGGAACACGCCUCUCCUGUAGAGUUGAUUACUUGAUGUCAUUUAAUGCUGUUUUAUUCAUAUUGAUUCAAUGCAGAACUAGUUUUGCACUCCUGGGCGGACAGACAGCAGCAGUCUAGCUGAAAGAAGCUGCCUCCUCUUCCUCCCCUUUCUGAAAAAGCACGCGUGUGAAUUGUGAUUUCCAGCAGCUCUGAUUGGUCGGUGGUGUCGGGCGGUCCGGCUGGCGGAGCGGUGCCUUUCAGGAAGGUUUCAGGAACAUCUCGAUGAAUGAAUGUGCUCUUCAACCAGCUGCAGCGGCGCUAGAUUGUGAGGAAGAGGAGGAAGACCACCUGAUGUGUGUGUCCACCCCUCACCCCCCACCCCGAAGCUUCUACCAUUUUUUUUAAAUGGAAAGGGUUAUAUUUGUUGGUGAAUUUGUCUUUGAAUGUCGUUUUCUUUUCCUACGUCUGAUCUGAGUUCAGUGCUUUGCACAUUUUAACCCUCCUGACGUGUUCGGAUGCUGACCACUGUCCCCUCGUACACAAACAACACAAGCACUCUAACUUUUGUUUUUCUUGUUUUUAAAAUAUGGAAUUUGAAGAAAUGACUUGAAAUGUGAAAUCAGUGGACGGUGCAGCAGCGGCAUCGCCUGAGCUUCACUUGCCUUAAGUGAAAUGAUGAUGACGAUGAUUAUGAGCCAUGCGUAUGGGAUUGAAGAAGUUAUGUUAAGAUGCACAUACCAGAACACAUUUCUGAUUUUAUGGAAGGACGAAGUGACGAAACAAUCUGUUCAGUGAUGGGAUUUUUGGGAACCGUUUGCUUUCUUCUGCUACGUUUAUAAACUGUAUGCUAAAUAUGAAGCUAGCUACUUCUGUGAGUUUAUUAAAAGAUCUGAGAUUUGUAACAUUAAUUUAGAACUUAAUUUAUUACUUUCCUUUGAGAUUUUAAAGUUAUACAUUUUCAAAAAACUGUUUGAUUCAAUUCUUUUGGCUUUCAUUAAAUGCAUUUUCUAAUUUAGACAUGCUAAGCUAAGCUAGCUGUGAGCAGCUUCAUAUUUAGCGUACUGACAACAGUUUUAAGUCUUCAACUUUUGAUUGAGGCUCCAAAGUUUUUAUAAAGAUCCAGAUAAACGUUUAAAUUGUGCCAGCGAAGCUAAAUAAAAGACUUGAUUGUUUCCGUGCACAGCAAGACUCAGAUACUACCCUGACCUGAAGCUUCUGCUUUUAAAGCUGUGUUUAAUAGAAAGAUGGAACUUGGGGUAAAAACUAAAAAAAAAAGGAAAGCUCAUUUGAAGUAUAUCAAACUGCGGUUUAAGAGUUGUUUUCCAGAUUAUACAUAAAUGCAGGUCCACACUCGAUGUAAACAAAACACUUGGGUGCGUGAAUGAAGCAGGUGGAGGCCUCUGUCCUAUUAUCAUUGUUAUUGUAUGACUCAGCACUUUGUGAACGACAGGGUUAAUCAGGACACUAACGAUCAGUUAUUAGGCUGAUGGUCCUCUUUUACACGUGAACCAGUUCAGAUCGUCACCGUUCAGCUUGUUUGUCCACUAGAAGGUACUGCUUGUAAGGCUGAAGACCGAAGACAACUUUUGAUACAAGUUGAAACGUUUCAGCAAAGAAGACGCCGUCCAGAGGACCUGCCUCAACCUUAGUUUCUGUAGGUAAACAAACAUGUUGACGUUAGCAUCUGAUGAUAAACUUAGCUUACAAAUGUCUGACUGAGGGAUCCAGAAGUCUUAAAGACACAACGAGGACAAGCGUCCGUACGAACGUUGCUCUUUAACCUGAACAGGGUUAUAAAUAAAACAAACCUGAGAACUAAACGUGUCGUCGUUCAGAUCAGGUGGAAAACCGGAGCAUUGCCGUGCAGGUAAACACUCACUGAAGAAGCAGUUAAUUCUGUCCGACUCUUAACUCUUAAAGCUGAUAAAGGAGCAGUGUUUACUCAACAGGUGCUGUCAGGUGACUGAAAACAGCUGAUUCAGCUUUAUUCAAGAGCUUCAUGGAUUCUUCUGGUUCUGGUUCAGAUUUCUAGCUUCACUUGUUCCAUGGGCUUCAGUGGAUCAACGGCAACAUUAUGCUGAAUAAUUGCUAAAAUGACAAAGUAAAUUAUGUUGAUUUCUCCAACGUGAUAAUUAUUCCUUUGAAAUAGUUUGAUCAAUUGAAUUUCUUAGUUUUAUUGUAAUGAUUAGAUAAAAGGGCUUGUUGAUAAGAUUGCACUUGUUGCUUUUAGGGAACUACAGUUUUUUACAUUUUAAUGAAAAAUGAUUCUUGGGAUUACUGCGGUCAGAUUAAAGUUGGUCAAACAAAACUAAGCUGAAAAAUGAGGUAAACUGAAAACAAAAGGUCAAUCAAAAUACGGUAAAAGAAAAAACCCAAAGGCGGCACAGGUUGAGACCAUCAAUGAAAUGUAGCUCGUUUUCAGUCUGUUUUUGUCGUAGUGUUGAGACACUGACGGAGGGCUAAGAUUUUGUACGUUCGAUACGAGCAGCAGGAAAAUAAUCUGACGUUUCUACAAAAACAGGAAAUCUGUUUGAAGCUGCUUUUAAAGGACGUUUGGGUCAUUUGCUGCGGUUUUGUGGAAAAGUUGUAAAGAAUGAACGUCUGACCUGUUGUAAGUCGCUCUUUGGAUUACGUCAGUUUAUUCUGAUCAAACCGAUGAGCUAAAGGCUAGUCUGAAUGCAGCUAGGACCAGAGUGGAUGUUUGACAUCCCUUUACACUGUCAGUCCCACAGCAAAUCUGCUACAGCUAGCUGCUGCUGUUUGAGCUUUAAAAUGACAGAUGCUUCUUAAUAAGAGUCACUUUAUUAAUUUAAACACUUUCUAAAUGAUUAUUAAUGCUUUACAAGCAGUUUAUAAACACUAAUUUGUCAAUUUUGUAUAAUUUUAGAUUUUAAAUCAAACAUUUGUCAUACAUUGGUCUUUAUGUGAACACAAGCAGCAUUUAGAGAUAUUUUCUGUAAGAAAUCAGGAAGUUAAAACAGUAAAUAUGAAGCUAAUAAAUCACAUCCAUGUUCAGUGCUUCAAACGAACCUGCUUCAGUGUGAGAAGCAGUUUUAUAGAUGAUAAAUGCUUUAUAAAGUGUUAAUAAAGGCUUUAUUAAGG